AAUUUAUUAAAUAUCAAUGUUCAUAGAAUCAAUUGAUCACUCUACUCCAAAAACGAUUGGAGAAAAUGACAGUAUAAAUAACUAUACGAAUUAGUUACAAAGCCAGAAUUUGAUUCAAAAGUCAAUUAUAAACUUGAAGUUCGAAAAUCCCAUCUUCUCAAGUAGUUCCUGAGAUAAGAAGUUGAAAAUACACAAAAGAGUAUUGUAAAACUAAAAAAAACGAUUUCUGAAGAUGAGGUAAUAAUAGAACAUACAUGUUAAUAUAUUACUAUUUGCUCAUUAUAUUAAUAUAUUUGUAGUAAUUUAAUUUUAUUAGGUAAUUAAUAAACGAAUCUCAAGAAAAAAUUCAAUUACAAAACCUUUCAAAUGUACUAAUUGCACUCAUACUUACUCCUCAAAACCAGCUCUAAAAUAGCACUUAAGAUUGAAGCAUUUUGAAGAACACACUCCAUAAACUCAACCUCUAGAUUAAUAAAAAUUAUUAGUUGUACCAAUAUCCUAAAUAUGAAAUUAAUUUUUGUUCAUUAUAUUUUGUAUUAUAAAGACA